UGCAGACAAGAUAGGUUGCGAUUUCAAAACAUUGUUGAAAUCGCCACUCUUUAAACAUGUUAAACCGAAAUAGUGUUGUGUUGUGUGUUGCCGCUUUAUUAACUCAACCAUUUCAAUCACUUCAAUAUGGUCAUGGACAUCAUGGUGCUGGGAGCGUAAGUGGUAGUUUCAGUUCAUCUGGAUCAGCAUCGCAAUCUUCUUCAUUUGCUAGUUCAAGUUCCUAUUCAUCAUCUGGAAGUUACUCAGGCUCUGGAAGCAUUGGAAACGACCUUGUAGGGCACACUUUAGGAAUUUUACAAGGAAUCGGUGUUGGAGCUCCUGAUGCUCAAGGUGCUGGUUCUUCCGCAGGAUCAUUUUCUGGAAGUUACGCUGGUACAAAAACCGGCCCAAAAGGUGCUGACAUUUUAAAGAAACAUGGUGUAGGAGUUGGUGGAGGAAUUGGUUUAACUGAUGGUGAUUCAUUAGUUGGAACUGGAGACUUUGGAAGUGCAGCGAUUAAAGCAAAUUGCGGCCAAAAUUCGUGUGGUCAUUUAGGAACUGGACAUUUACCAUUGGGAAGUGGACCCGACACUUUGGAAGCUGGUGGAUCGGGAGAUUACGCUGAUAAUGAUAAGUUUAAGAUUGGACCUCAUAAGCCAAGUGGUUAUGGAGCGAAAACUAAUAGCGGCGCAGGAGUUGGAGGAGGAAUCGGUAUUGGGGCAGGAGAUACGUUUUUGGGAGGAGGCGUUAAAGUUGGUGGAUCAGGUUGUGGUGGAGCUGGAACUGGAUGUGGAGAUGAUGUUAAACCAAUUGUGGAAAUUGGAGUUUCUGGGUCAGGACCAGGAUCGGGUGGUAUUCCUUGUACUGGAUUUGCCUGCUUACAAUCGCCUAAUAAUAAACCUGGGGCAAAUUGUAAAAAUGGAGGUUGUGGCCCGGAUGCGCUUGUUUUCCCAGGAGCAGUAGGAGGAUAUAGUUCUUCUGGAUCAUAUAGUGGCUCGGGUUCUGGUUCUUCUGGAUUCAUUAAUGGAGGUGUUAUUAUUUCGAAACCUGGACAACCAGACACAACAAUUCAUUUUGAAAGUGCUUCGCCCGGUUCUUCCCAACCAGGAUAUUCUACACCGGGAUAUUCACAACCUGGACAUUCUUCACCUGGUUCUUCACAACCUGGAUCUUCUCAACCGGGAUCUUCACAACCUGGAUAUUCACAACCUGGAUCUUCACAACCUGGAUCUUCACAACCUGGAUCUCCACAACCUGGAAUUUCACAACCUACACAUUCUUCUCCAGGAUCUGUUCAACCAGGAUAUUCUACUCCUAGUUCACCACAAUCUGGAUCUUCUCAACCAGGAUAUUCAGCACCUGGCUCUUCACAACCAGGACAUUCCGGAUCUUCUUCACCUAGUUAUUCAACCGGAUAUGCUCAUCCAGGUUCUUCAGGACAACCAUCGUCUCCGGGAUCCUCUUAUAAUCAACAAGGACCUUCGUUAGGAUGUGGAGCUGGUGGUGUUGGUUGUUCUUCCUCAGGAUCUGGAGCUAUUUCUGGAACAAUUUAUCCAAAACCAACUGUAUCUGGUGGAAGCUCAUAUCCAAGCACAUCUGGUUGUACUCCUGGUCAACCAGGAUGUUCAUUACCAACCCCAACAGGUUCUUCCGGUUGUGCACCUGGACAACCUGGAUGUUCUUCACCAACUCAAUCCGGUUCAUACCCAACAUCAGGUACUACAUAUCCUACAUCUUCCGGUUGUGCACCUGGACAACCUGGAUGUUCUUCACCAACUCAAUCUGGUUCAUACCCAACAUCAGGUACUACAUAUCCUACAUCUUCCGGUUGUGCACCUGGACAACCUGGUUGUACUUCACCAACCCAACCAGGUUCAUAUUCCUCUUCUGGACCAUCUCCAAGUUGUGGACCGAAUGGUGUUGGAUGUUCGGGAUCGAACGUUCCAUCAACGUCAGCAUCUUAUUCUGGUAGUUAUUCUCCAUCGUGUGGAUCUAAUGGUGUUGGUUGCGGAAAUGUUCCUAAAAAUGAAUAUCCAACGAAACCAGGAUCUGGGCCAAGUUAUGUAUCUCCAGCGCCGAAUCUAAUUCCGGGAAGUGGUGUUCAUUACACUGGACCUUUCCCAGGACCGCAAGGAUCCAUCCAUGAUAGUAAACCAACUAGAAAACCAACUGCAUCUACCACGUCCAUUCCGACUUUAAUUCAUGGAUCACAUACGCCGUCGGGAUCUUAUGAUGUUGGAUUAUCGCCAAGUCAACCAGGAAAUGUGCAAGAUUCGGGAAGUCAUUAUUCAGGUCCUUUCCCAGGAAAACCAGGUUCUAUUCAUGAAAGUAAACCAGCAGGACAUAAGCCCGGAGUACCCAAUGUACAACCUGCUCCAGGACAACAUGGACAUACACCUGCUGAAGAUAAACCCGGACAUGGUGGAAGACCAGACCAUCAACCAGGAUAUGGAGGAACAAAACCACAUUAUGAUGGACCUAAACCGGAACAUGGAAGUCACAAACCAGCACAUGGAGGUUCUCAUCCUAAUGUGCCAGAUAGUGGUGUUCAUUAUACUGGACCAUUCCCAGGACCAAGCGGCCCAAUUGAUUCCAGCAAACCAGCAACAGGAACUAAACCAUUUACCCAACCUGGUGGUUAUCAUCCACAAUCAACAAAUCCUACCGUGCCAACGUAUUCAAGUAGUACAUCAGGGGCUGCCCAUCCUACAGAUGGUGAAGAUGGUGGAGUGCAUUAUACUGGUCCAUUCCCUGGCCCUUCUGGAUCAAUACAUCAUAGCAAACCAGCCACUAGUAAAACAGGAGCGCAUUCAACUAUAGGAUCAACAGCAGGCACAACAAUUGGAUCUACAAUUGGAUCAACAAUUGGAUCUUCAGUUGGAUCUACAAUUGGAUCAACAGCAGGAAGUUACAAACCAACGUCUAGUUAUCCAAGUUCCUCAAGCACCUCAAGCUUAACAAGUUCAUCAAGUGGUUCAUACGCAGGAAGUUCAUCAACCAGUGGAUCAUCUUCAACUUCACAACAACCAACAUCACCAACCCAUCCACAAAGUUCCUCCAAACCAGGAAAACCUGGUUACAACUCUAAACCAGAACCAGAAACGGAAAAACCAAUAGUCCAUAUAAUUCCAACAGCUAAAACUCCGUAUCCAACAUCAAAACCAGAAUUAUCUGUUGGUGUCAGCGAUGAAUUCGGAACUCCAUCCGCCAAACCAUCAAAACCGUGUUCCUCGGGAAAUUGUGAUGUCAAAUCCGACGUUGGACAGGGAUGUGGGGGAUCCGGAUGCUCAACAGGCGUUUCUUUCGGUGGAAACGUCGAAGUGGGAGCUCCAUUAAAAGGGUGUACUUCCGGUAAUUGCGGAGAAAAUGUAAAUGGAUGUUCUGGAUCUGGAUGUGGAGGUGAUAAUUCUGGAAGCGGUGGUUAUUCUGGAAGUGGUAGUGGUUCUGGAAGUGGCACAUUAGGAUGUUCUGGAUCUGGAUGUGGUGAUCAUUCUGGAAGUGGUACUGGUUCUGGAAGUGGAACUUUAGGAUGUUCUGGAUCUGGAUGUGGUGGUCAUCCUGGAAGUGGAGCUGGUUCAUAUGGUGGAUCUGGAUCCUAUAGUUCAUCCGGAUCUUUCAGUUCUUCAGGAAGUCAUGGUUUACCACUUAUUGGUGGAAUUGGACAUGGAGGUGCAGGCGGAUAUGGUGGAAGUGGAGGACAUGGUGGAUGUGCAGCUUGUUCUGGUUUACAAUCAAUUUUGAAUGGAUUCGGAGCUUCCGCAUCGGGAUCAGGGUCUUAUAGUGGAUCUAAAGGAGGUUUUUAUGGGGGAUCUAAAUCGGGAGCUUAUUCAUCGAGUGGUUCUGGCUCAUUCGGGCUUGGUGGAGGACAUUCUGGAUCGUAUUCAGGAAGUUACUCAUCCUCAGGAUCUCAUUCAGGCCAUUAUUAAAUAAAGAAAAAGUGAAAGUUAAACUAAUGUAACAUAAAAACAAUGUGAUUCUAUUUCAUUAACUUUAUAUAAAGUUGAGACACUGUAAAAAAUAUUUUUUAAUACUUUAGAAAUGUAUACAUUAUAAAUGUACGUAUUUAUACCUUAAAAUAAAAAAAAUGAACA